GAAUUCAUAUGACAGACCAUUUGGAUGACAUCUGCUUGAAAUAUCUUCAAAAAUUACAGAAGACAGAAACACUAAUGCAUACAAGAAAGUGAUAAAGAUUUGGGGGGAAGGGGAAGAAGCAACGCUUUCCUGAUCUGAAGUUUGGCUGGAUGUUAAGAUGUCUGUGGACAUGAAUAGCCAGGGAUCUGACAGCAAUGAAGAGGACUAUGAUCCAAAUUGUGAGGAGGAAGAGGAGGAGGAGGAGGAGGAAGAAGAAGAAGAGGACCCGGAGGAUAUAGAGGACUACUAUGUGGGAGUAUCCAGUGAUGUGGAGCAGCAGGGGGCUGAUGCCUUUGAUCCUGAGGAGUAUCAGUUCACUUGUUUGACCUAUAAGGAAUCCGAGGGUGCCCUCAAUGAGCACAUGACCAGCUUAGCCUCUGUACUAAAGGUAUCUCAUUCAGCUGCAAAACUCAUAUUAGUUAACUUCCACUGGCAAGUUUCAGAGAUACUGGACAGAUACAAGUCUAAUUCUGCUCAGCUGCUCGUUGAGGCUCGAGUUCAGCCUAAUCCAUCCAAACAUGUCUCCACAGCCCACCCCCCUCACCAGUGUGCAGUGUGUAUGCAGUUUGUGCGGAAGGAAAAUCUACUGUCUCUGGCCUGCCAACACCAAUUUUGAAGCUGCUGGGAGCAGCACUGCUCAGUACUUGUCAAGGAAGGUGUCGGUGUAGGAGUCUCCUGUAUGGCUCAGGACUGUCCACUCCGUACACCAGAGGACUUUGUGUUUCCAUUGCUUCCCAAUGAAGAAUUGAGAGACAAAUACAGGCGCUACCUCUUUAGGGACUAUGUGGAGAGUCAUUACCAGCUUCAGCUGUGCCCUGGUGCAGACUGCCCCAUGGUUAUUCGGGUACAGGAGCCUAGAGCUCGCGGAGUGCAGUGCAAUCGGUGCAACGAGGUUUUCUGUUUCAAGUGUCGCAUGUAUCACGCCCUCACAGACUGUGCCACAAUCCGGAAAUGGCUCACAAAGUGUGCAGAUGACUCUGAAACGGCCAACUACAUUAGUGCUCACACUAAAGACUGUCCCAAGUGUAACAUCUGCAUUGAGAAGAAUGGAGGCUGCAAUCACAUGCAAUGCUCCAAGAGUAAACAUGAUUUCUGCUGGAUGUGUCUAGGAGAUUGGAAAACACAUGGCAGUGAGUACUAUGAGUGUAGUCGGUACAAGGAGAAUCCUGAUAUUGUCAACCAGAGCCAGCAAGCCCAGGCCAGGGAGGCCCUCAAGAAGUAUCUGUUCUACUUCGAGAGGUGGGAAAACCACAAUAAAAGCUUGCAACUAGAGGCACAGACAUACCAGCGUAUUCAUGAGAAGAUUCAGGAGAGGGUUAUGAACAAUCUGGGGACUUGGAUCGACUGGCAGUACCUACAGAAUGCUGCCAAACUGUUGGCCAAGUGCCGAUAUACCCUGCAAUACACCUACCCAUAUGCGUACUACAUGGAGUCUGGCCCCAGGAAGAAGCUGUUUGAAUACCAGCAGGCUCAGCUGGAGGCUGAGAUUGAAAACCUUUCAUGGAAAGUGGAGCGUGCAGACAGUUAUGACAGAGGGGAUUUGGAGAACCAGAUGCACAUAGCAGAGCAGCGAAGGAGAACCCUGCUGAAGGAUUUUCAUGACACCUAAGUUGGGACACGAACGUGCUGGGGAAGAAAGACGUAGCUGCGAGAUCUCCCCGCUGCCAUACUGCAUGCUGCAGGCUCGCCUUCACAACCCCGGCGACAGCCAGGGCCCCACUCCUGAGAGACACUGGCAACACACCUUAGUCAACUUGUUUUCUUCUCAUCUUUUUGCUUUUUGUUUCUACCAGGGUAGAGGCCAUGUUGAAUUGGCCUAUUGCAAAGGACUUUUAAUUGCCCUGGAUGGCUGUUGGGAGGGAGGGAACUUUUUUUUUUUUUCUGAAUGGCUAUUAAUAGUAUUAGAUCAUCACAACUUACAUAAUUUUCAAAGGUUGUACAAUUAUAAAAAGAAAAAAAGGCAAACAUAGGAUAACACAGAGUCCUUUUGAAAAAAUAAAUUGGCAUUGGAGUGUUUUCCCCUCUAGCUAUUUUACUUAGAAUGUAACACAGCGCUGCCCACCCAGCUAGCCCCAGACUGUACUGCAAGGAGCCCUGGGGUGACCUUUGUUUUCCAGCAUCACAUGUUUGGCCACAGCUGGAGUCCCAAGGGUAGAGUACAGUUGGCAGAUGGUGGGGAACUGAGCACAGAGUCACACUGUGCCUCUUGCCUUAGCUGGGCAGCAAGGAGAAUAUAGAACAGGGUCUUCUGUGAGCUCAUCUUUAUUCUGGAAAGUGUAGUUUACCGGAG